CUUUGGGGUCGCACGGCCCGUCGCCCCUCUAGCACUGCUACCAGGAUUCGUCGGCCCCCUCGAGGGACCCGCCGCUGGGGUCUGAUCCCACCUAGUCUAGGCGAAAGGAACCUAACCAGCCCGGCGCACCGCCAUUUGGUGCCGGGGAAGCCGUCCAGACGCGCUCAGGCCUCAGCCUCCAGCGCGUCGCUCCCCCGCAUCGCGCUCUGUGCCGCGCCGCGGCCGGAGGUGGCGCUCUGUGCGCCCAGCGGAUCCGGCGCGGGAGGCUCAGACUCCCCGGUUCCUCACGAGCAGCUACUUUCCCUUUCUUCCCUUCCACCCCCUCGAGUUCCCAGCUCAGGUCGUGGCCCGGCCCUUCCACGAGGGAGUGGGGACUUGGAGGACUCGGGCUCCCAGGGCGGGGACGAGGCACGCUGCAGCCCCCCUCCUCCGACCUGGGCGCUCUCCCAUCCCGGAAUGUGGGUGGGGGUUCUUCAUUCAGACGCCCCAGGCAUUGGAUUCUGGGCGGGGGCGCGUGGCAGCCGCCAGGAGCCCGGCUGGAGCGCCCGCCCCGCGGCCUCGCCUCCCCGCCGAGCCGCCAGCGCCUCGGGACGCGAUGAGGACCUGGGCUUGUCUGCUGCUCCUCGGCUGCGGAUACCUCGCCAAUACCCUGGCCGAGGUGGGUGCCACCCCCGCACCCGGUCCCCUCUCCAGCUCCCCCGGCGCACGCCCCCUGCAGCCGCCCACCGGCCGAGGCGCCCUGGGCUCCGGGGGUCUGCAGAGCGCAUUUUGAUUUCUGCUAAGGUGGUCGAUUUUUAAUUUUCCCAACUGGGUUCUAUUUUCUGCCAUGUCUAAGUGUGGCUGGUGAGUUUCCAGCGUGUUGCGUCGCUCUGCCGUGGAAGGACAGAGUGGCGGCGGGGUCGACGAGUGGGGAGAAACUUCGGGGGGCGCGAGCUCCUCUCGGAGGAGGGAAACCCCGGGCUUGGCGGACAAUGCAGCAUUGGGGUGCAGGGAGCGCGGAAGGGGGUGUGUAUGUGAGAGCCGGCGGCUCCGGAGAAGGGAGAAGAGCCGCCGACAAGCAGGUAGGGGUGGCUGCUGCAGGAGUCCCGGCAGGCUGGGUGGGCAGCAUGGAGCCGCAGCUCCAGGUUUUCCAUCCCCACGCCCGGCGGGACGGCUAGCCCGGUGCAGUCCCACCCGACCGGGGCCUGCUUACAGGUGGCUGAGCGAGGCGAGCCGGGGCCGGGCCAGGCGCCCGGCCCUCCCACCGCCUG